GCACAUACUUAGCUCCUGCUGGUUUCCGUUAUUGUGGGGAGUGAUGAAGCCACUUUUAGGGCAGGGUUUAACCAAGAAAGAAAGAAAAAAAAACAUGAUUUGAAAAACAAACUGACAAAACGAUCCCGCGAGAAUCCAAACUAGGCUGACCAUGGCUAUAAGGGAACUGAAAGUAUGUCUACUUGGGGACACAGGGGUUGGGAAAUCAAGUAUUGUUUGCCGUUUCGUCCAGGACCAUUUUGAUCAUAACAUCUGUCCCACAAUAGGUGCAUCUUUUUUGACUAAGACAGUCCCCUGUGGUAAUGAGCUUCACAAAUUUCUAAUUUGGGACACAGCUGGACAAGAAAGGUUUCAUUCUUUGGCACCUAUGUACUACAGAGGAUCAGCAGCGGCUGUUGUAGUAUAUGACAUCACUAAACUGGACUCAUUUAUAACAUUAAAGAAAUGGGUAAAAGAGUUAAAGGAGCAUGGCCCAGAAGACAUUGUAGUUGCCAUUGCAGGAAACAAGAGCGAUCUUGGUGACAUCAGAGAGGUUCCUGUAAAAGAAGCUAAAGAAUACGCUGAAUCAAUAGCAGCUAUUUUUGUAGAAACCAGUGCUAGGAAUGCUGUUAAUGUUGAGGACCUCUUUCAAAAAAUCAGCCGGCUGAUCCCACCGCUGGAUACUCAAGAACUAGAAAAUAGUGAAACUUUUAAACUGACAAGACAGCCAGCAUCACCUAGCAAACGCUGCUGCUAACAAGAGAAAAAUACAUCGGAACAAUCUAGGCGUCUGACAAUAAUUUCAAACAGACAUACUUGAAAACUAGAUCAUUGGCUUCAGUCAGCAGGAGAAGGCACACAUUUAUUCUUUCAAAGAACAAAUAUCCCAAAUGUAAAAAUAAAUAAAUAAAUAAAUAAAUAAAUAAAUAAAUAAUUCCAAAACAAUAUUUUUUUGUCAUAUUCCCGGUUUUACAUCACUGUCUGAGAUCAGGUAUAUUUUUUUCCCUUGAUGUCUGCUAAAGUCUAUGUUUUUUCACCUACAACCAAGGUGAUUUUAGCCUAUGUGGAUAUCAAGGAUGUAAUGCUACACAGUUGUCAAAUUGAAGCUGACUUUUAUUGGAGUGGAGUUUGCCGGAGUUAGUUCAGCGAGUCUUUGCUCCCUAACCAGUGAAUGUUGUGCAACUUAAGCAGACAUUUCAACAGAAUACCAGUGUUGUAGUUCCAUGUGUUUUCAUUACUGUAGAUUAUUAUGUUAAUUUUGCCUGUCAGCACCUAUUUAAUCUUGUCUUGUAUUAUUACUUCUAAUUGUUUAUGUACAAUUUUGCCAAUCAGCAUACAUUUCUUUUAUACAGCAACAAUAAAGUGUCCUUAAUAGAUAAAGUCAGAAACUAAUUUUAAAAAAGUGUUUUUGGACGGCCAAAUUCUGUUGGUGAUAGCCUUUGAAUACUAAUUAAAAUUAAGAAACACAGGAUUCCAUUUAUAGAAAUAAAAUAAUAGAGCAGGGACUUAAGCAGAGGUUUGUUCCAAAUGAAAACAAAAAAAUACAGAAUAAAGAGACUGCCAGUUGUCUAAGGCUUAUCAUCACCCGGUGUACAUAGACAUUAUGCGAGAUUAAGCUGUGAAAAUGUGCCUGGAGGUGUUGUGUGAACACUACAAUUGAAUGUUGUAGAUUAAAUAACAUAAGGUAAAUAUAUAAGAUUUGGUGCGAUGCAGUGAAAUAAGAGUGUGCUGAGAGUGGCUAUUCCAUUGCAGGCCAGUUCUACAUAAGAGUCACCAUCAAUACCUGCCAGUGUGUUUUGCUUGAGAGUUAUGGAGGAGUAAUUUAGUUUUCUGAGUUUAAUUUAAAAAUCCUGAUUCUGAAUUCGAUGGUGAUGGAGCACUGACUCUGGGAGCAUCAUCUAUGACUUGGAUUCGUACUAAAGUCGUCUUAUCUGUAUAUGUACCACUUACCUAUUCUAACUUUGGUUGAUUUAGUAGAAUCUACGGAUUUGUUAACAGACAUUCUGAAAGGAUUGGUUGUUGGAAACCGAAUUGUGAUUCAGCCAUGCUAAUAAGGCAUGCAUUUAAAACAAAAAAAAAGAACAGUUUACAACAGCAAUAAGGCAUUCCUGGACAGAUGUAACCAAGCGUUCUCUGGGUAUUGCCAUUCAUUUAGUUAUGGUGUUGGCAACUGGCUACUUACCUAUUUUGUGUCUUUGUGUUUAACGACAAAGUGCCUUAAACGUGGUGGAGUGUGUACAUACGACCAUACUCCUGGCACACUUGUUUUGUCACACAGGUUUUGCAUAGGUCCAAUUAUGACGAAACCUGCCAAGGGCAUUCAUUAGCACACGUUAUUUAAUGUAUCAGGGGUAUAUGGACACUGCCUGUCAGUCUGACUGACCAUCUGUCUGUAUGUUACCCUGACAUUUUUUCAUGUGCAUAUAGUGGAUACAGAUCAUGGACUGGUUCUUCUGAUUGCUCUAAUUUUGAACUCACAGCCAAUGUGUAAGAUGAAUAUCACUGGCAUGCUUGUUUACUACUACUGUCUAUAGUUGACUUAUAUGACAAUGAGAAUGCUCCUUUUAUAGUCCAAUAAGCAGAAAUCAAAUGGCGUUGCAUAUUACUUAUUUGUCUGUGACAGUGUAAUAUUGUAAUCUGGUACAAUCUUUUACAACACAUUUUUUUUAAUUUUAAAUGGGACAGAAGAUAAGUAAUGUAGAAAUACCCCAAUGUAAUGCUAAAAUCAAUGCUCAGUCAAAUGUAUUAUAUUAAAUAGCCAUUUAGUGUUAUGCAUAUUAAAUAAAUGAAACACAUGGACCUCUAUUAAGAGACAUGGUUCUGUAUAAAUAGUAGAUUGUACUUAGUGUUACUUAUACAGCUCAAAAGGCAAUGGGUCAUGUUGCCGUAGCGUUAUAAAGUCAUUAGAUGGCUUGGUUUGGGUGCUUUUGUUCUGUGUUGCUGUAUUGUUCUACUGACCUGUAGAAGUUGUUACUCAACUGUUGACAGGUAUUGAGAGAGUGUCUUAUAAUAACCUUCAGAAGGCAAUUAAUACCCAUGUGAAGGCUUUCUCUUGGAACCAAACCCCUUAAGCAUUGCCCCCAGCCUAAGUAUUGUUUAAACCAUUGUACAACAUUUAAUGCCUUAUCUCCUUACUGAAACAGGGCACAAUGCGUUUUGUUAAGUGGGCUGGUUCUACAAAACAAAAUGUGCAUGUGCCAAAUCAUAUUGUUAAACCUGCUAAAUAUAUUCGCUCUGCAAAUCUUCUGCAAAGAUUUUAUCUUAAUCUUGUCUUAUUAAUAAACUUUGUUAUAUUA